GGUUGGUUCCAUACACAAAUCAUUCAGUCAAACAAAAAUGGAGAAAGGUGCAUAUAACAUGUUAUUGUUCGUUGGUUGUGUCGUAAUGUUGCUAAUGUUAUCGACACAAGGCUCAGCCGAGCAACAUAUUGUUGGAGGGAAACAAGGGUGGGACCAAUCGACAGAUUUUGACACUUGGGCGUCGGGUCAAACUUUUAAGGUCGGCGACACACUUGUAUUCAACUAUAGUCCAAUGCAUAGCGUUGCGGAGCUUGGUAGCGAGGAUGAAUACAAGAAAUGCGAUGUGGGAUCGGCAGCGAAUUCAAUGAGCGAUGGCAAUAGUGUGGUGAAGUUAACAAAGGUUGGUACACGAUACUUCGCAUGUGGUACAGCUGGACAUUGCGAUCAGGGUAUGAAGGUGAAGAUUACUACGGUCUCGGCUUCUUCUUCAGGUUCAUCACCAUCCACACCACCUUCUUCUUCUUCUUCAGGUUCAUCACCAUCCACACCUCCUUCUUCAGGUUCAUCACCAUCCACACCGACUUCAACUUCGACUUCAACCUCGGGUGUCAUAGGUGUUUCGGGAUCAUUUGUAUUUUUGGCUUCCAUUUUGGGGAUGAGCGCUUUAAUGCACAUCUUAUUUUAAAGAGAAAAACAUAUGGAUAUGAUAUGAUGAUCACCCUGUUUGUUUUGAUGCCUAAUCAAUAUUGUUUAUUGUGUAGCCGUUGAGGAAUAGAAUAAAAUUUGUUUAAAUGGUAACAUUUCGAACCAA